AUGACUACGUCUGGACUUAUAGAUGGAUUAGUGGAUAUAAAUCAAGAAAAUACUGAAAACAAAUACUCACAAAACAUCGAUUACUAUCAAAAAUACAUUGAUUUGUUAAAAAAAAAUGAAGAUUUAGAAACAGAAAAAGAAGACUAUAAGUUUAAUUUAACCAGAUAUCAAGACAUCCUUGAACCAGCUUACAAUAAAAACAUUAGAAAAUUAAAAGAGGAAAAUGUAGUUAUAUCCCAAGAGAAAGAUUUCUAUUUUGCUAAUUUUACUAAAUAUCAAAAAGAAAUUGAACCAAAAUACAAAGAAGAAAUCUAUACUUUGAAUCAAGAUUUAUCUAGAUAUGAAAAUAUUUUUAAAGAUUUAAAAAUAGAAUAUAACGAUAAAUUAUUUCAAUAUCAAAAAGAAGCCGAGAGACAUUACAGUGCGAUAAUCAGAGAUUUAAAAGCAGAAAAUGAAAAACUUAAUUUAGACAAAGAAAGAAUUAAUAACAACUUGGAUAAAGAUUAUCCCGACGAAAAAAUUAUUGAGCUUGAAACAGAUAUUCGUAGCAAAGUUGUUAUGAUUGAAGCCAUAGAAAAAUCAAAUCAAGAAUUAAGAACUACAAACGACAAAUUAAGAAAAGAAGCUUCGUCAUAUCAAUCAGCUUUAGGUGAUGCAUUAAAUGUCCAUUUGAAUAAUUCAGUUCAACUUUCAACUGAUAUAGCUUCUCUACAGGAUAGACUUGAAAAAUACGUCACAGCUUUAAAAGGUUCUUUUAUAGAAAUUGAUAAUGAUAAAAUUCAAGAAUUGUAUGGAAAAUAUAAUUUAGAUAUACAUCAACAUAAAAAUAAUAAAAUUUUGAUGAAAUCAGUUUUACAACGUCAUGUUUUAGAAAAAAUUCUUGAAUAUAUUGAUAAUUAUCUUGAUAUUACAGAAGAUGAUGAUACAAAUAAUCCCAAUAAUCAGGAAAAAUAUAUAAUGAAUCAUACAAAUGAAUUAAUAUUUCUCCUUGAUAAAUUUUAUAAUAAUCAUUUUGAACAAGAUAAUAAUACUUGUGAAAAUAAAAAAAAACAAUAUAUGCAUCCAUUCAUAUCAUCCACAGCAUUAGAACUUAAUCAAUUAAUGGGAGGAUAUCGUUAUAUCAAAAAUGAUACCAAAAGAAAGAAUGUAGAAAAUAUGGCAGAAAAUCUUAUCAAAGAUGUUUUUAGGAUAUUUAAAUUUCGAUUAUUAGUUCAAGAACCAAAAUGUGAGACACUCUGGUUUGAAAAAGAUGUAAAAAUAAAUCCUCUAUUUAUGAAAGGACAAUGGGAUGAUGAUUUUUUGGAUGAUUAUGUUGUGGAUAUUUGUUAUUUUCCUUUGAUUGGAACGGAAUUGAAUGAUUCGAGUAAAAGUAAAGUUUGCAUUCAUGCAAAAGUUUUCCCUCGAUCUAUAGAACCACCAUCGCCUACAGCAGAAGAUCAUCCGCCUUUGAAUGAUGAACUACAAGAAAAUUCAAGUUUAAUCGGAGGUAAUAUUAAGGGUAUAUUUAAUAAAAUAUUACCCCCACCAUCCUCUUCAACACCAAGUCAAAAUUCAGAUAACAGUGAUCACAACAAGGAUCCAAAUAAGCGUCAAAAUUCGGCUAACAGUGAUCACGACAAGAAUCCAAACAAGCGUCAAAAUUCGGCUAACAGUGAUCGUAACAGGGACUCAAACAAACGUCAAAAUUCAGCUAGCAAUGAUUGUAGCAACGAUCCAAAUGAGCGUCAAAAUCCAGUUAACAGUGAUUGUAACAGCGAUCCAGAAAAGCGUCAAAAUUCAACCGACACGAGUGAUGUUGACAACCAAAUUAUAAAAGGAGGAGUCUGUGGUGGAAAUGAAGAUAGUAAAAUUGAAAAUAGUGAAAAUCAAGAUAUUGACGACCUAGAAAAUGAUGGUGGACAAGGAACUAGUGAAUACGGAAAUGAUGAAAACAGUCAAGAAUCUGUAUGGGUUGCUGAAUGGGUUCCUGAAAAAGGAAUAGAUCCUGAAAAGGAUGUUGAUAAAGAUGGUAAAGACACAACCACAAAAUUACAAAUUAAUGAUUUUGGUGAAGAAGAGCUUAUGGCAGGUGCUAUAAAUACUAUUGAAGAGGAGAAUGUUUUUGAUCGUGAUGAUGAUACUCGAUCAAAAUGGUCACUGUUAUAUUUAUUUGAUUCUAGUUGA